ACAGAAGGAGUGAUGCUAAGCUAAAGUUAGUCAGGCACAAUGUUCACAUCCAGCAGACCAUCAGGCUGCUGUCUAAGGAUAGGCCCACACAUUGUUUAGGUUAAGAAAUGGCAUUUUACAAGGCAGUGAAAGGGACUGUUCUUGUUGGAGGAGGUGCUCUUGCCAGUGUCUUAGGACUCUCUCAUUUUGCUCAUUACAGAAGGAAGCAAGUGAACCUGGCCUAUGUGGAAGCAGCAGAGUACCUUGCAGAACCUGUUAACAGGGAGCCUCCUUCUCGAGAAGCUCAGCUCCUGACUUUGCAGAACACCUCAGAAUUUGAUAUCCUUGUGAUUGGAGGAGGAGCAACAGGAAGUGGCUGUGCACUCGAUGCUGUCACCAGAGGACUAAAAACAGCCCUUGUAGAAAGAGAUGAUUUCUCAUCAGGGACCAGCAGCAGAAGCACUAAAUUGAUCCAUGGUGGUGUGAGAUAUCUUCAGAAGGCCAUCAUGAAGUUGGAUAUUGAGCAGUAUAGGAUGGUAAAAGAAGCCCUUCAUGAGCGUGCCAACCUACUAGAAAUUGCUCCCCAUUUAUCAGCCCCACUGCCUAUAAUGCUUCCAGUUUACAAGUGGUGGCAGCUACCUUACUACUGGGUAGGAAUCAAGCUGUACGACUUGGUUGCAGGAAGUAAUUGCCUGAAGAGCAGUUAUGUGCUCAGCAAAUCAAGAGCUCUUGAACAUUUCCCCAUGCUCCAGAAGGACAAACUGGUGGGAGCAAUUGUCUACUAUGAUGGACAACACAACGAUGCACGGAUGAACCUUGCCAUUGCUCUCACUGCUGCCAGGUAUGGGGCUGCCACAGCCAAUUACAUGGAGGUGGUGAGCUUGCUCAAGAGGACAGACCCCGAGACAGGGACAGAGCGCGUGAACGGGGCCCGGUGCAAAGAUGUCCUCACAGGGAAGGAAUUUGAUGUGAGAGCCAAAUGUGUUAUCAAUGCUACGGGACCUUUCACAGACACAGUUCGAAAAAUGGAUGAUAAGAGUGCUGCAGCUAUCUGCCAGCCAAGUGCGGGUGUCCAUAUUGUGAUGCCUGGCUAUUACAGCCCUGAGAGCAUGGGAUUGCUUGACCCAGCCACCAGUGAUGGGCGAGUUAUUUUCUUCUUACCCUGGCAGAAGAUGACUAUUGCUGGCACUACUGAUUCUCCAACUGAUAUUACACAUCACCCUAUCCCUUCAGAAGAAGACAUCAACUUCAUCUUAAAUGAAGUGCGUAACUACCUAAGCUGUGAUGUUGAAGUGAGAAGAGGAGAUGUCCUGGCAGCUUGGAGUGGUAUCCGUCCCCUCGUUACAGAUCCCAAGUCUGCAGACACUCAGUCCAUCUCUCGAAAUCAUGUUGUUGACAUCAGCGAGAGUGGCCUUAUCACCAUAGCAGGUGGGAAGUGGACAACUUACCGAUCUAUGGCAGAAGACGCUGUGAAUGCUGCAAUCAAGUUUCACAAUUUGAAAGCAGGACCUAGUAGAACAGUUGGACUUUUCCUUCAAGGAGGCAAAGAUUGGAGCCCCACACUGUAUAUUAGGCUUGUCCAGGAUUAUGGACUUGAAAGUGAGGUGGCACAACAUCUUGCUGCUACCUAUGGUGACAAAGCUUUUGAGGUGGCCAAAAUGGCAAGUGUGACUGGAAAAAGGUGGCCUGUCGUUGGAGUGCGGCUGGUGUCAGAAUUUCCAUAUAUUGAAGCAGAGGUGAAAUAUGGGAUUAAGGAGUAUGCCUGCACUGCUGUGGACAUGAUCUCACGCCGCACUCGCCUGGCCUUUCUUAAUGUCCAGGCUGCGGAGGAAGCCCUACCCAGGAUUGUUGAACUGAUGGGCAGAGAACUGAGUUGGGAUGAGAAGAAGAAAGAGAGAGAACUUGAAACAGCCAGAAAGUUUCUCUACUAUGAAAUGGGCUAUAAAUCUCGAUCGGAACAGUUAACAGAUCGCUCUGAAAUUAGCCUACUGCCUUCAGACAUUGACAGGUACAAGAAGAGAUUCCAUAAGUUUGAUGCAGACCAAAAAGGCUUUAUUACCAUUGUUGACGUUCAGCGUGUAUUAGAGAGUAUCAAUGUGCAGAUGGAUGAAAAUACACUACAUGAAAUUCUGAAUGAAGUAGACUUGAACAAAAAUGGGCAGGUUGAACUGAAUGAGUUUUUGCAGCUGAUGAGUGCUAUUCAGAAAGGAAGGGUAUCUGGAAGCCGGCUUGCCAUACUAAUGAAAACUGCAGAGGAGAACCUCGACCGAAGAGUUCCGAUUCCUGUGGACCGCAGUUGUGGAGGAUUGUGAGUCUGACCAGUAAAUCCACAGCCAGCAAAAGUAGGAGCAACAAAUCAUCAUGUAACAACCAGAGAGGACCUAAGCCACUCUGAAAUAGUGGCUGUGGUAGCUGCCUUUUUUUUUUAACACUGGAAAACAUUCCAAAAUAGGAUGUUGGUAUAUUUACCAGCCUAACUGGAUGAAACUUUAUUUGUAUUUACCAUUCAAUCUGGCUUCCAGAAGGUGUAUUUUCUCAUUUUCAGUGCACAUUGCUUUUGUGUUUUACAUCCAUUUUGUGACCUGUUAAACUUGACACCCUUCCUCCUUGAUUAUUCAUGUAUUUAUUCUAAUCAGGUCUAGAGACAGAAUAUUUUGGCUGAAAUUGAAGAAAAAAGCUGGAAAAAUUUUGUGAGACACACAAAACUCUGGACAUUGAGUUUGUGGAUAGCGUUUCUUUAAAAGAGGGACCUAUUGAAAUGAUAGCCCCUUUCUUCUUCCUGUUUUCCCCUUCUAAACAAUACUGCAGUUUUAUACUUUCAGUGUGACAGGCACAACUGGAGAGGGAAGAACAAGUUUAGAUCUGGUUUAGAUCUGGUUACAAGUCCCAAAGUGAAACUCUGAAGCUUGCAGAGUUGCAGGUAGAUGAUGUGACAGCACUGGCAUUUACUGGGAGUUAUGGUGCUAGCCCAUCUCAGCACUUCAUUUUUGCCGAGUCACCGCUGGUUUUCUUUGACUGUUCUAGUUGCCAGGAAGAUCUUUGCUUUUCUUACUUUAAAACAAGCAUUUUAAGUGGCAAGUUGGAUCCAGUGGGAUGAGACUAUAUCUUUCCAGUCUUUACAGUGUAAUACAUUUAAGGGUUUAGAACAUGUGUUUAUUAAAUUCACAUAUAACACAAUUUUCCACCCCCAAAUUCUAAAUUUUAUAGCAAAUGUUAUUGUCAGGCCUGGCCUUUUUAGGGGAUUAUUUACAACAGAUAAAUGUGAAUAGAAUAGAAUAGAAUAGAAUAGAAUAGAAUAGAAUAGAAUAGAAUAGAAUAGAAUAGAUGCUAAUUUUUAUUAUAUGUAAAAUAAGGUACCAUAUUUCAAUAUCAGAGGCUAAUUAUGCUGCUUAAGGUCUGUCACCUUCUGUACUCUGUGAAAAAACUCUCAGUUGACCAAAAACAAAACAAAACAAAAACCACACCCAAAACACACAGACCAAACCCAAAAAUCAGUAUGCAUUGAAUUUAACAGAUAACAAGGUGAAUUAGAAGUGCCAGUUUGAAAUGCUUUUGCUAUAUUUUGUUGGCUUUUUAACUAGUCUUCUUAAUAUUUAUUAAUUGUGAUUCCUAUUUUGAAGCUAACUAUCUACUGUACUUUUUUUUUUAAAGAUUAGGUUCUAUAUGUCAUAAGAAAUAAAAACACUUCAUUUUAGGUUUUCAUUGCACAUUGAGGUCUUAUUUUUUAAACUGGUACAUAAAACACUUCUGUGCUGUAAUUUCUAUUUAUGUCAACAUUGUGGACAUCUGUAUUCCUCACCUAGGUGAGUGAUAAGCCUGCAUGUCAUAAUAUGAGCUAGGAGGUUCACUUAACCAGGGUUCCACCCACCACCACUGAAACAAAUAGAAAUCACAGGAAGAAACAGUACCUUACUCAUUUUAUUUUUAAAUGAAGUUUAGAUUCCACUUCCUAAAGGAAAACCUAAAAGAGUUGAGUGAUGCUCUCAGGUGUCACUGUGAAUUUUUUUCUUUCAAAGUGUGAAUUUUUUACUUUAGCUUAAAAAAAAAUAGAAGCAUAUGACUUUGCAACUUAGUGUUUUUCUGCCAAGACAGUAAAUUUCACUGCUUAAAUCCUCAUGAUACUAAAUAGGUAGAAGAGCUGUCCUUUAAAACAUCCUGAUUAUAUACCACAAUUUUGUAUUUUUUCUCUCUCUCUUUCUCUUUUUCUCUAGUUAGAUCAAGAUAAUGAUGACUUGUGUCCCCUCUGGUUCUGUUACAGUAGGGACUGGGCUUACAAUAUGACUGGCUUGGGCAAAUCUGUGUUUUUAAAAGAGGCCUUGAUUGUGCACGUUUUGCUAUGAAUGAAGUUCCUUUAAGGACAAAGAAAAGUGCACUUGUCUUUGUUUUAGCCUAUCUGCUUUUGCUUAAAACCUGCACAUUCUAAAAUAUAUGCUCCUUCACCAAUCCCAAAAACUCAUUUUGGAAAUGAAAUGGUUUCAAGCCAUUACUGUGAAUAUAGUACCUGCCAUCAUUGUAAAGUUUACACCUGGAUAGUUUCUUUAUCUGAUUUAAGUAAAAAGGAAAGAAAUAGUAGAAUAAGCUCCUUCAAAGCCCAUUCCAAACACAAAACAGUGUUUUUUCCUUUUGUAUAACACGGUAUUAGUUGAUUGGUGGGUGUGCAGGGAUUCCCUUUUAUCACCAAGUGAUCUAUUUCAAGAGCCUUUGCGGGGAUUCAGGUGAAGGAACCCCCUUCUGUGCUGGGGAGUUAGCCACUCCUUUAAAUAGCUCCCACCUCAGUCGUUAACAGUAGUGAUAAUGCUGGAUUUUUUGGCAAGUGCGGGUUGUUUGCCUCCAUCACGCUUAAAUGUUCUUGUUUUCAAUCAGCUUAUCUGAGUGCAACUUUAGAAUUUCUUGCAUGGUUUUUAUUCUGUGUUAGUUUCUGGCUUUGUUUUGUCUGUUCAAAUGCGUAGUUUCUUCUUUUGUAUCACAAAAAUUUCAGUCUCAUUUUCACUAAUAUACUGUAAGGGUCAGCCUUGGUUUUAUUUUCUUUUUAUGCAUUUAUAAAGACUUUUUGGAAUAUUAAUGUAAUCCUACUGAAGUCAGUGACUCUAACUUACACAGUUUUGCAUUAUGUCAGCCUUUUCUAGGGAAUAAAAAAAAGCUCUACUAUGUUUUCAAAGAAUAUCAAGCAUAAGCAAGCCAACUACUGGAGUGGAUAUAUACACUGCAUGUUUUUAUAUGUGGCACUUUUAUGUAUUGUGGUAGGUUAUUGUUCUAGAUUAGACUGUUAAAUGCUGUGUUUGAGGCUGGAUUGUCAUUUUUAUAACUGUCUUGGUGUUUUAUCGCCGUUAUUUAUUACUUUUGAUAUACAGAAUGAGCUGCAUGCAUUUAUAGAGCAAUAAGAAGUUAUAUUUAAUGUGCCUUGUUUUUAACUGAAUAAGAAGUGAAAGCAUGAAUCAAUAAAACUGAUUAAAAUGGUCCA